AUGUAUCAACAACCUAAUCAUUCAUAUACUUCAACAGAUUCAUUACGAAGAUUAUCAUCAAAUAAUCCAUUUAGACAAUAUCAAUCAUCACAAAUACAAUCACAACCUUCAUUAAAUUUACAACCUUUACAACCUUACGCAAAUCAAAAUUCAAAUCAACAAACAAAACAUCUUUCUUUUAAUAAUACUAAUACAAGUAAUACUAGUAGAAAUAGUAGUACAAAUAAUUUUUUAAAAAAAUCACCAAGUUUAAGUAGAAGAUCAACAAAUUCAACUUUAAAUACAUUAAAUACUUCAAAUUCUCAUUUUGAUGAUUGGGUUGAAAAAAAUAAAAAUUUUAUGAAAAAUCAUUCAAGUGAUGAUGAUAAUAAUGAUGAUGAAUAUUUCAACACCAACAAUAAUAGUUAUACUGCUCAAGUAGUUAAUAGAAGUAGUAAAGAUAAUGAUCAAGAUUCACAAAUUAGUCCAAACAAGAUAUUAAGUUAUUAUCAAAAUAAUAAUACUUCAAUUGAUAGUAUUAAUAAUAAUAUUAACAACAAUAAUUCAAAUAAUGUAAAAAUUCGAAGAAAAAAUUCGAAUUUAUCAAGACCAGUUCAAAUGCAAGCAAUGAGAGCUGAUAGUGAUUCAAGUGUAAAUUAUAAUUAUAAUAACAAUAAUAAUAGAAAUAUGAAAUCUAAUAAUCCAUUUGCAUCUGCAAUUAAUGAUUCAGAUGAUAUAUAUUCAACAUCAGAGAGAGAACCGUUAUAUCAACCACCAGUACAGCAACAACAACAACAACAACAACAACAACCAAGAUCUACACCACCAGCAAGACCUCCAAAACCACAACAAGAUGAUUUUGCUCCACCAUCAUAUGAAGAAGCUGCUGGAAAAGAAGCUGCAAAAAGAGAAUAUAGGAGAGAAAAAGAACAUAAUGGAAGUAGUAGUUCCAGCAAUAAUAAUCCCUCCAGUAAUGGACGUUCAAGAGAACAUCGUUCAGGUUCAGAUCCAAAUAAACAUCGUUCAUCAUCACAUCAUGCAUCCAGAAGUCAUCGUAAAUCAUCAAGUUCAAGAAAUAAAUCACCAUCUAAAAAAAGAGUUGAACAAAUACCUGCAAAAAAUUUAGAUACAAUUGAUAAAUUAGAUGUUACUGGAUUUUUCGGAGGUGGAUUUCAUCAUGAUGGUCCAUUUGAUGCAUGUACUCCUCAUAGAAAUAAAAAUGUAAAACAAGCACCAGUAAUGGCUUUCCCAGUUGAUGGACCAAAUAAUUCAAUUGCAGGAUCAGGUGGUAAUGUUAGUAAAGAUGCACAAAUGAAAUUAGCAUUUGGAAAUUAUGAUGAAAAUGAUAAAAAUGAAAUUGUUGGUAGAAAAUCUUCUAUUGUGGAAGAACAAACACCUGCAAUAAAGACAAAUAGAGUAUCAAAUGAUCCUUCAAGUAUAUAUACUCCAAAACAUAAUCCAUCAGUUAUAAAUUUUGAUGCAACAGCAAAAACAUUACCAGUACAUGGUUAUUCAACUGAAGGGUUAGGUUCAACUACUUUUAUUGAUGGUGCACCAGCUCCUGCACCAAUAAGAUCGAAAUCUUUAAGUAGAUCAGCAAAAACAAAUUAUAAAGAUGAUGAAAAUUCUCCACCAUCUCAACAAAAUUCAUUCCUUCGAAGAGUUAAAAGUUUGAAACAUAGAACUAAAUAA